CAUGGCCUCAGGCAGCCUGUUUCAGCUGCUGGAUGAAGCCAUCGGGACGCCCGAAGUCAAUGUCAACUUGGAGGCGCUCCGCAGACUGCUGAGGGUCAUAUUGGAACACCUGAGCCUGCUGGGUCUGCAGGACGUGAUCCCCCAAGAGGGGGCCCAGGAAGCCGCGCCCGCCCCGGCGCAGAGCCAUCCCGCCGAGGCUUGGGCAUGGGACACAGGGCAGCCCCCCCAGCCGCCGGGGAAGGACGAGCUGCAGGGGACCACGAGCGGCUCUCCUGUCGCCUCGGGGGCUGCCGACAUGGGACAGAUGGAGAAGACUGAUGCCAAAGAGAGUGUCAUCUCCACGGAGUCCCACAAGGAGAUGGCUGGGAUUAAGGCCAUGCAGUUCAACAUGGGAAAGGAAAUCCAGAGGAUCAAGGAGGCACUUGGGCAGACCACGGAUCUCUGCAAGGAUCUCUGUAAGGAGAUCAAUGAGAUGAAGGCCACACAGUCCCGCAUGGGAGAAGGCAUCCGGAUGAUCCAGGAAGCACUUGGCCAGGGGAACCUCCAGGAUGCUGCUGGCCAGCCACUGGUCCUCCACGGCCAGCCUGCCCCUGUCAAGCCCCACACUUCAGACAUGGACAAGCUGGGGCAGAGCCCUGGUAUGCAGAGCACCCCCCCUGGGACGUAG